GAGGGACCAAAGUCGGCUGACUCUUCUCACAGGGAUACCUCUCUGGCGUAUGCGUUAAUAUUUUCUGAUAUUUUUGUAAUUUAGAGAGUUUUUUGUUAAGGGGGAUAUGUCGGCAAAACCGGGAUUCUACCGGCAAGAGCUAAACAAGACCGUCUGGGAGGUGCCCGAACGAUACCAGAACCUCACACCGGUUGGAUCGGGGGCAUACGGUUCAGUAUGCUCAGCUUAUGAUGUGCGUCUACGACAGAAAGUGGCUGUUAAGAAGCUCUCCAGGCCAUUUCAGUCCCUCAUCCACAGCAGAAGAACGUACAGAGAACUGAGACUGCUCAAACACAUGAACCAUGAGAAUGUUAUUGGGCUGUUGGAUGUUUUCACCCCGGCAGCUUCACAAGAAGAAUUCAAUGAGGUCUACCUUGUUACUAACCUGAUGGGAGCGGAUCUCAACAACAUUGUCAAGUUUCAAAGACUCUCAGAUGAACAUAUACAAUUCCUCAUCUAUCAGCUUCUCAGAGGACUUAAGUACAUCCAUUCAGCCGGAUUGAUUCACAGAGACUUAAAGCCAAGCAAUGUAGCAGUGAAUGAAGAUUGUGAACUCAGGAUCCUGGACUUUGGAUUAGCCAGGCAAACAGAUGAUGAGAUGACCGGGUAUGUGGCCACUCGCUGGUACAGAGCACCUGAAAUCAUGCUCAACUGGAUGCAUUACAACCAGACAGUGGAUAUCUGGUCUGUUGGAUGCAUCAUGGGUGAACUUCUGAAGGGGAAGGUUUUGUUUCCGGGCAACGAUUAUAUAGAUCAGUUGAAGAGAAUCAUGGAGGUGGUAGGAACUCCCACUGCUGACGUUCUGAAGAAGAUAUCUUCUGAACAUGCUCAGAAAUACAUCCAGUCCUUACCGUAUAUGCCCCAACAAGAUCUGGAGAAGAUUUUCAGGGGGGCAAAUCCAUUAGCAGUUGAUCUUUUGAAGAAAAUGCUAGUGUUGGAUUGUGAUGGAAGGAUCUCGGCCAGUGAAGCUCUGUGUCAUCAGUACUUUUCCCAAUACCACGACCCUGAUGAUGAACCAGAGGCACCUCCGUAUGACCAGACCCCUGAGAGCAAGGACUGCACGUUAGAGGAGUGGAAGGAGCUGGUGUAUGAGGAAGUAAGCAAUUUCAAAAGUCCUGCCAAUAAAAGUGAAAGUCUACAAGUUGAACAAUAAGACUGAGCAUAACUACAAUUGAGAAGAUACCACCCUUUUCCCACUGUCUGUCUAUCAUAUUUUGACAUAUGACGUAUAGGAUUGGUGGACAUCUGAACAGACUUUAACCAGAGAUAAUGACAAAGUAUUUCUGAGGCAUGAUGCGCUUCCUGUAUGAUGUGUGUGUGUGUGUUCAUACACACAUUUUGGUAAGGGCAAACUCAUAUUGUUAGACACAACAUUCAAAUAGUACUAUGUGCAUGGUGUGUGUGGGUUUGUGUGUGUGUGUGUUCUGAAAGUUUUUUAUAUUUGAUGUGAGGCAGGUGUGAAGGGGAAGCAGGGUACGUAUCUUUCACAUGAGACCAAAAUAAACUAGACAAGAUGUGGCAAAGGCCACACUGGAGAAAAAUAUGUUUACAUGGGUAGAAUGUAAGUGUGACUUGCAUAAAUGCAUCUUUGUAUAAA